AUGUCUGUUGUCGCUUUCGUGUCAAAAUCGCUUGGGUAUAAUAGCAGCGAUAAUACGUAUGGCUUUUUCACACAGAAAAGAGCUGACAAACUUGAUUUGAAGAAAAUCUAUCUAUCUAUCUAUCUAUCUCGAUAUAUAUCCAUCUAUCUAUGUCUAUAUAUAUCAAUCUAUCUUUAUAUAUAUAUAUAUAUAUCCAUCUAUCUUUGUCUAUAUAUAUAUAUAUAUCUUUGUCUAUAUCUAUCUAUCUAUCUAUCUAUCUAUCUAUCUAUCUAUCUAUCUAUCUAUCUAUCUAUCUUACCUAUGUCACUAGGUCAUGAUAAAUCAAACGCAUUAGCUUAUUUUAUACUUAUUUUGAUGUUUCGUCCAUCGAUUUUCUUAUCUAUCUAUCUAUCUAUCUAUCUAUCUAUCUAUCUAUCUAUCUAUCUAUCUAUCUAUCUAUCUAUAAUCUUUUUCUUUGGAUUGAGGCUUGCCAUUUCUAAGAGAGCUUCUAUCUAUCUAUCUAUCUAUCUAUCUAUCUAUCUAUCUAUCUAUCUAUCUAUCUAUCUAUGUAUGCAUAAAGCCUGUCCAAAUAUCUUUUAUUGUUUCCUGCAUGCAUAUGAACACACCCACGCCUUCCAUGCGACUCUUUUAACCCAAAACAUUCUCCGUUCUGUAUUUAUAGGGAACAAGAAUAUCCUUCAGUUUUUACUACACAUGGUCAAGCUGGCCCUCCUACGCGAGGAAACACGUUCGCUUGCCAUAUCCCACCCACACAUUUGGGCAGACGACUUCUCCCGCCCACGCAAACAAACAUACCAAACUGAGCCGAAGCGUUUCUUCUCUUUUCUUCUUCCAACGACGUCAUCAAUUCUUUUGAUGAUAGAAUUGGUACCUUUGCGCAUUUUGUCGCCUCUAUACAGAGCGACUGCACCAAGAGGGCCGAUAUAUACCAACGCAGACGAGAAGUAA